GGGGUCACGUUGGUUAGUGGUUUACAGUAGCUGACCUGAUGCAGGCAGAUCAGUAGAGACGUCCAGACACCUGUCCUCUGGAAUCUAAUAGGAGCCUAUUCACUAUUAAAACAAACCCUCGGAGAGGAAGGGCAGAACCUGUCAUUGGGAUCCCUGGAUGCCCGCCGGUGCCCUCACCCUGGCCGCACACGCAGACUCGAUGGCCAUCAGCUGACCCCUCACCCCAGGAUGAUGGUGAGAGAGCGACUUCGGCAGAACAUCUCAGCCGCCUUCUACCGGCACGGCCUGCUAUGUGCCUCCUACCCGGUCCCCAUCAUUCUCUUUACCUCUGCCAGCAUUCUGACCUGCUGUUAUCCUCUGCUGAAGCUGCCUCUGCCAGGAACAGGGCCUGUAGAGUUCACCACUGGAGUACGGGAUUAUUCAGUCCCAUCCCAUGAGUCUCAGGUUGACCUGUCAGAGCGACCUGAUUGGUAUCAGGGUCCUCCAGUGGCCUACAUCCAGCAGGUGUUGGUGAAGGCAGCAGUCUCGCCGUGGGACAACAGUCUGGUUCCUGUGGAUGUGUUCCGCUCUCCCCUCGGCCGUGUUUUCAGUCUUCUGGAGGAGAUCAGAAAUCAUGUUUACACAGACAGAAGUUUGGAGGCUCUGUGUUUGAAGGUGUCGGACCUGUUGCCAGGGUUACGGCGCAUGCAGGCUAUUCUUCCUGAGCACGGCUGCCUGCUGGUCUCCCCUGGCAACUACUGGCAGAAUCGGCGUGACCUGUUUGAUGCAGAUCCAGACCUCCUGAAGACAGUCCACCAACAUGAACCCAAAGGCCUUCAUACUUCAGCCACCCUGAGAGACUUGCUCUUUGGUGUCCCUGGGAAGCAGACGGGUGUAAGCUUGUACAGCAAGAAGAGAGUGGUGACAUACACCAUCACGAUUGCACUAAGCACCUAUGAAGCAAGGUUUGUAGCCAGCCUCCGAGCCCAUCUUAAACAGAUUCACCCUUCAGUGAACUGCAGUCUACGUGAGGACCACAUGGUGCAUGUCCAUUUCAAAGAGGAAAUCGGCAUUGCUGAGCUCAUCCCUCUAGUCACCACCUACAUCAUCCUCUUCGCUUAUAUCUACUUCUCAACACGAAAGAUCGACAUGGUGAAGUCCAAAUGGGGCUUGGCUCUGGCUGCUGUGGUUACGGUUCUCAGCUCUCUGCUCAUGUCCGUGGGACUCUGCACCUUGUUUGGCUUGACGCCCACACUUAAUGGAGGAGAGAUCUUCCCAUACCUAGUGGUGGUAAUUGGUUUGGAGAAUGUCCUUGUCCUCACCAAGUCUGUUGUGUCAACUCCUGUCGACCUUGAAGUCAAGCUGCGCAUUGCUCAAGGUCUAAGCAAUGAGAGCUGGUCCAUCAUGAAGAAUAUGGCCACUGAGCUAGGCAUCAUUCUCAUUGGAUACUUUACUUUAGUACCAGCAAUUCAGGAGUUCUGUCUGUUUGCUGUGGUUGGUCUGGUGUCUGAUUUCUUCCUCCAGAUGUUUUUCUUCACAACUGUGCUGUCUAUUGAUAUCCGCCGCAUGGAGUUGGCUGAUCUGAACAGGCGUCUCCCGGCUGAAGCGGGGAUGCCACCUCCUAAACCAGGCCCCUUACGUCCUCGGGAGACGCCUCCCCCACCUCGUCCCUCCCCCCACACGAUCACCCUGCAGGCUCCAGCCUUCAGGAACCUCCGCUUGCCCAAGAGGCUUAGGGUGGUGUACUUCUUAGCCCGUACUCGCCUGGCACAACGAAUCAUUAUGGUAGGAACUGUGAUCUGGAUCGGGAUUUUGGUCUACACGGAUCCUGCUGGUUUGAGGACUUUCCUUGCUGCCCAGGUGUCAGAACAGAGCCCUCUUGGGGAGGCGGGGCUUCCUCAUCUGGGUGUAGCUCCAGUAUUCCCUGGUGGAGACCCAACCAGCACACUGAGUGUGCUUCCUGCCCCUGAGCCCACCCCUUUACCUGAGAACCAAUCCCAGGGUCACCGUUCACCCCAUCCAGGAGCUGCACCUGUGUCCAGCCCACCCAUCACAUGGGGCUCUGAGGAUGAGGAGCUGUGGAGGCGGCUUUCUUUCCGACACUGGCCCUCACUGUUUAGCUAUUACAAUAUCACUCUGGCUAAGAGGUACAUCAGCAUCCUGCCAGUCAUCCCCGUCACGCUGCAUCUCAGCCCGCAGGAGGCCAUAGACACACGCCACCCACAGGAUACACACCACCCUCCUCCCCCCAGCCUUAACACCUCCGAUCUGCAGACAGAUCUCACACUCUACAAGGUGGCGGCUCUUGGACUUUUCGCCGGUGUGGUGUUAGUGCUAUUACUCUUCUGUCUAUAUCGAGUACUCUGCCCUCGAAACUACGGGCAGAACGGGGUACCUCAUGGGCGUCGUCGCCGUGGAGAUCUGCCCUGCGACGAGUACGGCUACUCGCCUCCUAUCAGCGAAAUUUCCCCCCUGCUGCUGAGAGGCCACAACAUGGACAUCGAGUGUCUGGCCAGUGAUGGCAUGCUGCUGGCCAGCUGUUGUCUGGUGGGACAGAUUCGUGUUUGGGAUGCACAGACAGGAGACUGUCUUACUGUUAUACCCAACAACAGUCUGCGCAGAAACAGUAGCAGCAGUGGUUGCUGGGAGCACCGUGAUGGCUGGGAUCACUUGAGUACUUGUGAAGCUGAUGGUCUCCUGGGGGCGGAGUUUCGGGAAUCUGGGCCAGAUGUUGAUAUUUUCCCAAUAAGGAGGAGGACCACCACUACACGCCCUGCCCUAUUUGGGGACCAGCCGGACCUAACCCCACUCAUUGACACCAACUUCGGCCCAUUGCCCCCAUCUCAGUCUGUGAGCAGCUCUGGUUUUGACUUCGGGGAACUGGUGGAGAAGGCGUACCAGGAGCAUGAGACCUCACCCACACUGGCUUUCCCACCUUCUCCCCCGGCUUCUCGGCAAAGACGACAAAGCCUGAGAGACCAGCCCAUCCUGCCACCAGAGCUCCCCCCGCAGAGCAGUGGAGACUGGGACAGCUCAGUGUGGGCCAUGGAGCUGAGGGGCAACCUCAUUGCCACAGGCCAGAGCAGUGGCAAACUGGAGUUGUGGGAUGCAGUAGAGGGAUCAUUACGGUGCAGUAAUGAAGAUGGAGUAUCAGGAAUCACUGCCUUGGCUUUCCUUAACAACAGAAUUGUGGCGGCCCGUUUGAAUGGUUCAUUGGAUUUCUUCACGGUGGAGAUCAGCAAGCCUCUUGGGUUGCUACAGUAUCGUGGGCCUCCAGGCCGGGGCAGUCUACCCCCCUCCCCCUGCUACAGCAGUGAGGAUGUGAUCAGCUGUCAGCUGACACGUUCUGUGCAGUGUGCCCACCAGAAACCCAUCACUGUGCUCAAAGCUGCUGUUGGCAGGGUGGUCACCGGCAGCCAGGACCAUACAGUCAGGGUGUAUCGUUUGGAGGACUCUUGCUGUCUUUUCACCCUGCAGGGCCACUCAGGUGGCAUUACUGCAAUUUACAUAGACCAGACCAUGGUUCUAGCCAGUGGUGGCCAAGAUGGUGCCAUCUGUGUGUGGGAUGUCCUAACAGGCAGCCGGGUGAGCCACGUGUAUGGUCAUCGUGGUGAUGUCACCUCAUUGGUUUGCACAACUUCCUGUAUCAUAAGCAGUGGGUUGGAUGACCUCAUUUGCAUUUGGGACCGUAGCACAGGCAUAAAACUGUACUCCAUACAACAGGAGGUAGGAUGUGGGGCCAGUCUGGGGGUGAUCUCUGAAAGCUUGCUGGUGACGGGAGGCCAAGGAUGUGUGUCGUUCUGGGACCUGAAUUAUGGGGACUUGCUGCAGACGGUGUACCUGGGCCAAAGCAGCGAGGGCCAGAGUGUCAGGCAGCUUCUGGUUCUGGACAAUGCCGCCAUAGUCUGUGACUUUGGUAGUGAGCUCAGCCUGGUCUACGUGCCCUCUGUUCUGGAGAAACUGGACUGAAAACACACAGACAUGCACAUAUACACACCAGCCCACAGAUUUAGCUCUUUGAAAAAAUUAAAGAAUGGUCUGCACGUAAGCACUCGCCCUUUAACCUGUAUCACGGCAGGUUCGUUGCAGACGUGAACGGCUAUUUUUGUCGUUUCUGGUGUCCUCUCUACUUGGUAGUGAGAGAGCGGUUACUGUUGAGGUCUUCUGUCUCAUCUGAAGAGUCAAGCAUUGAUUGGAUCUUUUGUUGUUUAACAGACCUCUGUUGCUCCAUCAGAGCAUUUUGUACUUUUAAUAGAACAUGGCACAGUCAUACAGAAUGUUCUGAAAGUUUUACUCUCAACACAGUUACUUGAGAGUAGUACAAAACCUGCUGGCUGUGAAAGGUUGUAAGGUGUGAGUGAGUGAGUGAGUGAGAUAGCAAUCUCACAGUGAGUUUGCAGUGCUGUCAAGCUCGGUAACUCGUGACUGUGUGACAGCUAGAGGUUCAGAAUAGAGUUCACAAUAAUGUGUGUGCAGGGUAAAGGGAGAGGAGUAACAGAAAGGUUGUUGUGAUGAACAAAAAGCAUAGAUUUUUCUUAGCAAAACUGCUGAAAGAAAUUGAGUGCUGCUUUGGGUGCAACUGUGUUUAAAUUAGUGUUUACGUGAAUCUUAUGGAAACAGUCCGGGUCAUAUUUCACCCCAUAUUCAAAUGAAAACAUUAGAAAUUAUAUGUUGCAUUAAGAAAUGAAGUAUAUUUUUAGGGACGUUUAAGAUAUUUUGCAUUGUGACAUUGUUUUCAUGACAAAACAAUGCCACAAUUGUAGCCUACAGUAAUGCACAAUAAAUAUUCUCAAUACAAUAAUUUACAUUUGAAACUGCAUUUAAGUACAUUUGUAAGUAUACAUCAUUGUAGUAUUUGUUGUACUGAAUGUACUUUAUGCUUAUUUUUUUUUAAAUCAUUGUGUCUAGACAGGAUGAUUUUCAUUAAUGUAUUACAGUAAUGAGAAUGAGUUUUUGUUUUGCAUUUCAGUAAUUGUAAAUGGGGCUUCACUGUAAAAAGAAUGUCACAAUGAAACAAUUUUAAUAGUCCUAAAAAGAGAUUUAUAUAUAUAUAUUAUUUUAUUUUAUUUUUUUAUUUUUUUGACUUUGGCGUGAAAUAUGACAAGGACAUUGGUUCGUGAGAUUUACACAUUUCUGUGAGUGGUUGUGUUUGCCAGAUUGUCAGAAAUGCAUACUGUAGGCAUCUGAAUCUCUGGGGUGGGGGGGUCGGUUUUUAAUAUUAAAAUCAAUUAUUUAUUAGUCAAAAUUUUUAACAAUUUGUAUGAAACUUGACUUAUAGAUAAGUUAAAAUGGAGACGUUGUCAUAAAUUUUAAUAUACAAAUUAAAAAGCUUUGACUAACUUACACCUUAACAAUAUGAUUAAAUUGAUUAAGUCAGUAACUGACAGACAGGAGGCAAGUUUUGCCAUUGUCUUAUGUUCCCUUCAUAGGGCAGCAAGAUGGGUACCCAUUGAAAAGAGAGGGCAAUAGUUGUCAUUCCAAUCCUGCCUUAAACAUAUGGGAGAAAUUAUCCUUGAUACAGCCCAUGCCAUGAUGUUAUGUCUGUUUCCUGGACUGAAAUCCUAAUGAACUUUAAUACUGUUAAUUUCAACCUGUAUUCCAGCCAUCAUUACAAAUCACCCCAAAGUAAUUUUAAUCUAAAUGCAGCAGUGGCUAGAUUCCCCUUUGUGCAGGAGAGUGGUGGAUAGGGCUGCUUUUAAAAUAAAUUUAUGUGUAUAUUUCCUUAUUUUUCUGUCAUUAAAUGUCUUUAUGUUGUAGAGUCAUGAGUGGUUUACAGGUUUCACUGAGAUUAUGUUGACCAUUAGUUGUUAAUGUAUUUUUUGUGGCUCUGUAUGGGCAUAUAUGGUGAAAAACGAAUUAAUCAAAUCCAGCCUUGCAGUACCCACACAAAUGCAGGCAUUUGGUCUGGCCUGUGUUUAAAAUAAUAUCAAUUAAAAAAAUAUAUUAUUAUGGAUAUGCUAGUACUGGGACAGGACAAAUACAUGUUAGAACUGAAAUUUAAAUAAACAUUAAAAAGCACUGAGAUACUAAUAUAAACAUGGUUUAUUUUGUAUUCUGACAAAAUGCAGUUUUAGGUGGUUUGUGUUGCACUUCACAACACCACAUUGGAGCAACACUCUUAAAACAUUAUGGGUUUCAUAGGAUGAUUAUUAUUUUUAAUAACUGGACUCUUAAUUUCCCCUGCAGUUUUUAUUUUGACGAUUAUUUAGCAAAUUACUACUAUUGGCUGCAAAACUGUAAAAGAUUUGCGAUCGCUCGGGGAAACAAGGAAAAUCAUCUUCUAGCCAUUUUUCUGUUUAUGUGGGUUAUGUCAACUUAAAUAAAUAGAAAUGCAAAUGGCUUUAAAAGACUUGAGUCAAUUAUUAGUCAUGUUCUAUUAAUGUAAAUGUUAGAUAAUGCUGAUUAGAACUGGUGUUUAAUAAGUUAAAUUCAUAAACUACAUUCUUAAAACCAUGUAAUACUUUUGGUCUUUUGUUUUGUUGAGGGUUUUGCUUCAUGUAUCCUUCUGCAUAUGAUUUUCAUUGGGUAUGCGAUAAUUGUGGCAUUGAUAUGGCUGAACCUUCCUGUUGAUUUUCUGACAAACAGGUAGAGCAACAACAAUCAAAUGUUGUUUAAAAACAAGAAAAAUGGUCAAAAGCAAUUAUUUUCAUGAAGUGAUAUUGUGUGAACAGUUGUCACUAAAGAACCAUACAGAACACAUGUAUGGAUAGCAGCUUGUAAUAGUACAGAACUAAUUUUGUGAGUGGUUGGAGCAUAACUAAUAUUUUUACCACCUUGCUCUUAGUGCAUCAGAUGAGAUUAAUCAUUAACCACAUGAUCACAAAGUAUUGGGACAGGACAAUGGAUUAUAAUCAUUUCCAAUCGUUGAAAAACAUCACUUCCUUGUUGGCAGGGGUACUGUCAAAUACAAGCCAGCCAUUUGUAUAUUGAGAGGAGUGAAAUAGCACCAUUGUGUUCAUUUCACUACUCUCUCGCUCUCUCUCUCUCCCUUCCCAGAAGAGCACGUUCCUAGAAAUGAUUUGAUGUGUGCAGUAUUAAAGUAGAAUACUGCUCUCAUCUUGCUGUAUCUUACAAAUUAUUGCUGCUGAUGUAGAAAUGGAGUGGAUGAUGUUUUAUGUGACGUGAAAUGCCUGAAUGUUGGACUGUUUAUUAAGAUUGGGAGGGGGCAGAGAAUGACUGGGUGUAAAUAUUUUUUGUGACAUUUUUUGGGCCUGCUCUGCCCUCUUCUCCAUCUUUCUCAAAUACACUAUACAGUGUAAGCAGACAGUAGAGGAUGUAACUAAUGCUCUGUUCUAUUUUUAACACAUGAAAAAACAUUUGUACUAAUUUGCAAAUAAAAGGGCUUUGAUACCUUC